CUCAGAAAUGCAAUUGUAAAUAUUUCUAUGUGUUGCAUGAAGUGACUGUCAGAUGGUGGGUGUAACCGAUUGUUCUUUAAAAGCUCUCUUCACUCAGUAUAUUUAGCUCAAGAAGGGACAUUUACACAUGAAAAUUGCUACAUCUGAAUGAGCUAUCUAAGAUAUCGUUCUCUCAGUCAAGGUAUUCAAGGUAUGAGAAAUCUAAAAAGAGACAGAUGAAUAGAUAUAUAUCACAGUGAGAUUUCUUCUUACUUAUAAUUAGUCUUGGUUUAUUUAACCGGUGUUUAGUAAUAGCCUUUAAAGAUGUAUUGUCAUUUUCCAGGAUUUUUAAUAUCAUGUCUACUUAUGCCUAUAUUUAACAAAUCGGUAUUUGUGAGGUGUGAAAGAUAAAAUUAAUAUAGAAAUCCCCUCCUCUUUACCUGCAGUUGGGUGCCUCCAUCUUAGCUCUCAUUCAAUCUUUCUGUCCUUUGCAUCUGGUACUCAGCAUAGCGAAAGCAUACAGAGUGGAGGAGAACUGGAACAACGUUUCUAUUUCUCCCCUUCCUUUGCAAUGUUUGCCCUAGCUUUCUGUCUGAACUGGAGUAUGAUGUGAUUUGCUAAAUAUUUAAUAUAUAUUUAAAAGAAGAGCACAUCUCAUAAGAAAGGUUUACUCAAGUUAUAGGUGUAUUUUGGUGUUUUGUACAGCGAAGUGACAGUUUCUCUUUAACAAUAUUAAUUUUGUCCAAAGCAAAUAGUAACCAGUGAAGCGUUUAUUUCAAAUAAAAUGCAAAUAUCACUAGUCCGUAAUAUUGUUUUAUAUUUUAAAUGUAGAUUUUGUGAUUAAAGGACCACUAUAGUGCCAGGAAAACAUACUCGUUUUCCUGGCACUAUAGUGCCCUGAGCGUGCCCCCACCCUCAGGGACCCCCUGCCACCGGGCUGGAUGGAGAGGAAGGGGUUAAACUUACCUCUUUCUCCAGCACCGGGCGGGGAGCUCUCCUCCUCCUCUCCGCCUCCUCUCCUCCUCUUCGGGUGAAUGUCCAUAGGAAAGUAUUCACAAUGUUUCCUAUGGACGCUGGCAUCUUCUCACUGUGAUUUUCACAGUGAGGAGCGCGGAAGCGCCUCUAGCGGCUGUCAAUGAGACAGCCACUAGAGGCUGGAUUAACCCUAAUGUAAACAUAGCAGUUUUUUCUGAAACUGCUAUGUUUAUAGAAAAAAGGGUUAAACCUAGCUGAACCUGGCACCCAGACCACUUCAUUAAGCUGACGUAGUCUGGGUGCCUAUAGUGGUCCUUUAAAGAUCUCUACAGGCCACAAACCAUAGACACUGUAAAUCAUGCAAAGUGUUUUUCUUGUUGUUGUUAGAAUUCUGGAGGAAUUUUACAUAAAUAUAAAUGUCAAUAUCCACAUGAAAUAAUGAAAAUUUAAAACAGGACUGAUUUUCAGAAGAAUGUAUGAUUAAUUUUUUUUUCUUUACCUCAAAAGCAUUAUAUGUUUCAUUUAAUUUACACAAUUAGAGAAUACCAUGAAACAUAUAUGUGACGAGACCAAUCUCGCCAGAUUGCAUUGGAGAAGCCUGGUUGCUCGCCUGUUGCCUUUGGAUUAUGGCCCCAUGUUCAAAGGCUUGAUUUUCCCCUGCAAAGACAUGAAAGCCGGGUCAUUUGGUGCUUGCCCUGUUUGAGCGGUGAUACGCCAGAUAGCUAUGCCAUGAAAGACUAUGGGAAAGACUUUGGCUCCAUGGCAAUUGAACUGUAUGUGUGUGCUCUGAGUGCCAUUCAGUAAUAAUGUGCACUCAGAUCUGAGCUAUCUGGGGAUAUGUUGAAUGUACCUGUUUUGUGCAAUGGCUGUACAGUUAUGUGUUUUUAUGUGUUUUAUUGUCUUUUGCUGCCAUGUGUCGAAUGGAUUUUUGCCUCUGUCUUUGGAGAUAAUUGGAUUACUUCCCAAUUAUCUCCAGGAUAGAAGACUCUGUGGAACUGGUUUUGGGCAGAAAAACCAUGCUUCCUUUGGUCACAAAGGACUACGAUCUAUCUUUUGAACCACUGGACCAAUUUGGAUGAUUUUGACAUAUGUUUGUAUUUGGAGUAUGCGGAUUCUGAAAAAAUUUUUAUGUGAAUGUGAUGCAUACUUUUCAAGUUAUGAAUAAUGUGGAAAAAUUGUAGUUCUCUGCUUGUUAUAAUUACAUUACCCAUUGUGUGAGGUAAUUGUAUCACAGGCAGAGGGGAGGAAUUUAUGUGGGAGUGUCUGAGUGUAUUGUAUGUGUUUAUUGGUUGUGUUCCAAUACCCUGUAGGUGGUACUAAUGUGUAAGAAUGUGUACAUAAGCACAAUAAACCCACAGCUCUGACUGUUCACUGCUUGACCCUCAACACGGAGCUUUGUCUCGUUCUUGGGGGGAUUUAUUGUAUGCUGUUCCAGUUCGACUGCUAGGAGUGUAAACCUAUUCGUAUGGUUUUUCCUAUUCAGCUGUUUACAGCAUUCAUAUGCUUCUCCGGUUCGGUGGAUUGGUGUCUACAGUAGCUGCCUGUGUCUCUGGAAGGGGAAGAUCUUCUAAACGGCGGUGUAACCCAUUUAUGCCUGGGGUGCCGUUACAAUAUAUACUAAUUGUUAUAAUUCAUCACAAUUGUAAAUGUGUAUGUAUUGCAUUUUCUUUUUGCAGUGAUGUGCAGCACCUUACAUUAGAAUAUGCACAAAGAGAAAAUGAUCCUUUAAAAGGACAAGUUUGGGUACCAUAACAGCGUCAUCAAAAUCAAGUUGUUAUGGUACUAGGAGGCUUGGCUUUAGGGGUUAAACCAUUCUUCAAAUAGGGACUCUUCCCUUGGGCACACCUAGAUGGAUAUGGAAAUAAUUAUUUGUAUUUUGUAAGUAACAGGUGAAAGUAUCCCUGUGGCAAAAGUCUAAAUUGCUAUGUAAUUACAGCCUACAUGUGGAAAUAAAUUAUUGUGGGCACUAGCAUGUAACAAGGUGCACUGAAAUAUAAAAUAAAAUAUUCUGUAAGAUUUUGCUCCCAGAAAAUCUACUUAUAGAGUUACUCCAAGUUCUGUUGUAAUUGCUAUGAUGCUAUUAGUACCCUGGCCCUGUUCAUCAGUAUUGGGGCAAACUCUAACAUGGGGCCUACUUGGUGCUGAGCCUCGUCUAAUGUCAGUUGACACACAUCAAGGCUCUGAAAAGUUGUAGAAGACGGAUGUCAGUCCCACCGGUCAUUCACUGGCUGAGAGUGUUAAAGGACCACUCUAGGAACCCAGACCACUUCAGUUUAAUGAAGUGGUCUGGGUGCCAGGUCCUUCUAGGGUUAACCAAUUUUAUAAUAAACAUAGCAGUUUCAGAGAAACUGCUAUGUUUAUUAAUGGGUUAAGCCUUCCCCCUAAUCCUCUAGUGGCUGUCUCAUUGACAGCCACUAGAGGCGCUUGCGUGCUUCUCACUGUGAUUUUCACAGUGAGAGCACGCCAGCAUCCAUAGGAAAGCAUUGUAAAUGCUUUCCUAUGCGACGGGCUGAAUGCGCGCGCAGUUCUUGCCACGCAUGCGCAUUCAGCCCAGGAGGAGGAACGGAGGAGGAGAGAAGGAGGAGAGCUCUCCGCCCAGCGCUGGAAAAAGGUAAGUUUUGAACCCUUUCCCCCUUCCAGAGCCGGGCGGGAGGGGGUCCCUGAGGGUGGGGGUACCCUCAGGGCACUAUAGUGCCAGGAAAACGAGUAUGUUUUCCUCGCACUAUAGUGGUCCUUUAACUGAGUGCUCUCAGUCAAUUAAUAAUGGUUUAUUAAAAUAAUAUGCAUAUAAAUUAUUAGUUCUAGCCUGGCCAGUGAUGCAAUCAGAGUUUAAAGGACCACUCUAGGCACCCAGACCACUUCAGCUUAAUGAAGUGGUCUGGGUGCCUGGUCCUUCUAGGGUUAACCCAUUUUUUAAUAAACAUAGCAGUUUCAGAGAAACUGCUAUGUUUAUUAAUGGGUUAAGCCUUCCCCCAAAGCCUCUAGUGGCUGUCUCAUUGACAGCCACUAGAGGCGCUUGCUGCUUCUCACUGUGAUUUUCACAGGCGCGCGUUAUUAGCGACGGAGGAGGAUCGGAGGAGGAGAGCUCCCCGCCCAGCGCUGGAAAAAGGUAAGUUUUUACCCCUUUCCCCUUUCCAGAGCCGGGUGGGAGGGGGACCCUGAGGGUGGGGGCUCCCUCAGGGCACUAUAGUGCCAGGAAAACGAGUAUGUUUUCCUGGCACUAUAGUGGUCCUUUAAGUUACACCUCCAGCAGGAACAUGGAAAUGUUUCAGUAUGUGUAGAAUUUAAUGGUGAAAUGCUACACAUACAGGAUUGCCAGAAGAAAAACAAAGAUAGAGCCAAAAAUUAGGUACACUAAAGAAACGGGGGGUAACCCCAAGUAAAAAUUAGGUACACUAAAGAAACAGGGGGUAACCCCAAGUUGGCCACACUUGCCAAUCUACCUGUGCAGUCCUUAUCAGUUCUGUUUUUUUUGGUAACAAAUUGUUAGUUAGAUUAGAUAGUCUUGACAGUUCAUUUAUUUUUGUAAGCGGUUGUCGCACAUAAUUAGAGACCAUAUCCUAGUUUUUUGUUAGCGGUUGUUGCAUACAAUUAUAGAAUAUACCAUAGCUUACAUUGUGAUUUUUUAUUUACCACUAGGUAUUUUUUAACAGGGUAUAGAUUUCUAAUACCCAUUAUUUGUUAAUAGUUUGUACACAGGCACAUUCACCACACAUUAUCCUUGUCAUAAGGUUUUUGUUUAAUAAAAUUUAGUUAUUUUUUGCCUUCUGAUUGAGGCAUUUUAUUAAUCCAGUACUAUGUCUGGCAGUGAUCAGUCCAUUAUUUCUGAGAUUUAACAAUAAGUCAUGCAUCUUUGACUCCAAUUUCAGACUGUGUAGGUACACCACCCUUCUUUCUGAUGCUGCACAUACAGACACUAAGCACCAUCACCACUUCAAAACACUGAUGUGCUAAUUGUGCUUGGUGUAAUGCUUUCAAAAAUGACAAAAAAAAAAGAGUAAAAUUAUUUUAAAGCACAGAUUCUAUUUUGCCCUAUCAUCAACUUGCUUUGUGUAUCCAAGAUUGCAGAUGCAAAUAUCUAUUAUUGCAAAACACCAGGGAAAUAUAGCAGGACAGUGGGACAGACCCCAAAAUCAUGACUGUCCCACCAACAGCGGUAGUGUUGGGAGGCCUGGAGUAAUGUUGGAUAAAAGGUAUAUCAUUAACUGCCAUACAACUCCUACAAUACUUUGCAAGCUGGGGAUCUACCAUUUGCCCAUCCUUCCAGGGUUGUUUUUAUGAGCAGUGUCUGCGUGUUUGAAUGUAAGCAUAUUUUUGGAGUAUAUGUGAAUGUAGACAUGCAUUUGUGUGUAAUGUUUGUAUUUAAAUGCAAGGAAAUAUUUUUGUGUAGUAUUGGUGUUUGUCAUUGUUUGUAGUGUUCACAAAAAGUAUUUGCAUCUGAAUGCAGUUGGGUGGGGUUUUGAGUGUAGUGUUUGCGUUUAGUCUUUGAAUUCUGGGAUGCCCAUUAUGGGAAACAAAUCUGAAUUAUGUAUUGAAAUUGUACAAGUAUUGAUAAACAGGUGUAGCCUUGUGCACAAUAAUCACAAAUAAGUAGAAUCAAUUUCUAAAGAAAGAAAGCAAAAUGUAUUUAUAACAAGGUAACACUAUUUAUAAACAAAGAAGCAAAAAUCAAACAAUUAGUCUCCAGACAUUAAAAAUAAAUUAAACAAAUAAGACAUAGAUUGACAUAUUUAGAAAAUCAAUUAACAAUUGCAGAAUUGAAUGCACAAACUGUACCAAUUAUGAUAGAACCUAGGCCAGGCAUAGGCAACCUUCGGUACUCCAGAUGUUUUGGACUACACAUCCCGGGAUGUUUUGCCAGCAUUAUGGGUGUAAGAGCAUUUAUGGGGGAUGUAGUCCACAACAUCUGGAGUGCCGAAGGUUGUUUAUCCGUGACCUAGACAGUUCAAAGGUAUGUGUGUUAGGUGAUAAAGCGAUAAUGAUUAGCAAGGCCUACUAAAAAAUUAAAUAUUUAACUAAACAGUGUACAUCAGGUAACAAAGAGUUAAAGAAAUGGAAACAAUAUAAACACUUUGGUAUUGUGCUGUUUUAGCACAACAAUAACAGGAAAUACAUAAACAUUUUAUUAUGAAUUAUUUGAGAAUUGUGAACUAUUAAACUGACUAAUCGCUUGUUUACACUGUGCAGGAAUGUCUGAUCCAGUUACUGCUUAGUGAUAAUAAGGCCUAGUUUAGAAGUGAAGCAGAAUUAUGUUCUCUGCAAUAAAAAAUGAUUAAAAAAUUAAAUAAAUAAAAGAACAAAAACAAGAACAUAAAACAUAAAACAGCGUAAAUGUAGAAUUGCCCUUUUGAAAAGAUGCUUAUUAUUAUUAUUAUUAUUGCCAUUUAUAUAGCGCCAACAGAUUCCGUAGCGCUUUACAAUAUUAUGAGAGGGGAUUUAACUAUAAAUAGGACAAUUACAAAUAAACUUACAGGAACAAUAGGUUGAAGAGGACCCUGCUCAAUCGAGCUUACAUUCUAUAGGAGGUGGGGUGUAAAACACAUUAGGACAGGAUAUGCUUAUAUUCCUAUAUGUAUAUUAAACUGUAGUAUUAUAGAUUUCAGUAUAUCUAUAGUAAUUAUUUUCAACCAAGGGGUGCUGAGAGGAGAGGACCUAAAACAAAUAAAACCACAAAAAAAUGUAUGUAUCUGUCAGUGUCUGUCAGUGACUGUUUGUCAGUUUGUGUGUCUGUCAGUGAGUGUUUCAAAUCAGUGAGAGUGUGCAUCUGUCAGUGAGUGUAUCUGUCAGUGUGUGUGUCUGUCAGUGAGUCUGUGUGCAGGGCCGGUGCAAGGAUUUCUGCUGCCCUAGGCAAAGAUCAAUUUUGCCGCCCCUUCAUGUCACACACUCACUGACAGACACACACUCUGACACACAUACACCCACUCACUGGCACACACACACACAGAAACUCACUGACAGACACACACACACACACCCAGAAACUCACUGACAGAUAUACACUCACGCACUGACAGACACACAGACAGACACUCAGUGACAGACAUACACACACAGACACUGACAGACAUACACUCACUCACUGACAGACAGACAUACACUCACUCACUGACACACACACAGAAACUCACUGACAGACAUUCACUCACUGACACACACACACUCACUGACAGACAGACAUACACUCACUCACUGACACACACACAUACACUCACAGACACUCACUGACAGACACACACACACACAAACACUCACUGAGAGACACACACACACAGAUACUCACUGACAGACAUACAUUCACUCAAUGACAGACAGACACACACACACACACACACACCCACUGACAGACAUAUACUCACUCACUUACGCAAACACACAGACUUAGUGACAGACAUUCACUCACACACACACACACACACAGACACUCACCGACAGACAUACACAUUCACUCACUGACAGACAUACACACACACACACUCACUGACAGACAGACACACACACACACACUCACUGACAGACACACACACACACUGACUGACAAACACUCACCUCCCUGUGGUCCAGUGUGGGGGAGCUCCUGACUCCUCCUGCCCGUCGUUUAGUAUGCCGGGCCGGAAUGAUUUCAUAUUCUGGCUCCAGACAUCACAGAGGACGCAUGGGGGAGGCGUGAGAGGCUGCAAGAAGAGCCUCCCUCGCAGCCUUCCUGCUCCGUCCCCCUCUCCUCCAGUCACCAGCAUUUGAUGGCAGAGCAGUCACCUCUCAACAAGGUAAGAAGGUGCCUGCUCUGCCAUACUGUGACAGGGCUCCUCCGCGCGCCUCAACCUUCGGGCACCUGGAGGAAUGGCACAGGGUGAGGGAAAUAUCCCAGUAAAUGCCUAGUUCACCUAACGGUGGCACCUGCCCUGUGUGUGUGAGUGUGUUUCAAAUCAGUGAGAUUGUGUCUGUUACUGAGAGUGUGUGUCUGUGUGUAUGUCAGUAAGUGUGUCUGUCAGUAAAAGUGUGUGUAUGAUUACAAAAAGUGGUGGCGCUCAUAGAUGGAGAGGUGGAGUCUUUGCCAUACAAACAUGCGUGUUAGGACUGGAUAUCUGAAAAGGGGAGGAGUUAGUAAGAUGACCACGCUCACCUGGAGUGCCCCCCAACAAAUCUGCACCCAGGAGUCUGUGACCUUAGGAUCUCCCCUGUUUCCAACUAUCAUUAGUUAUAUGUGUAUUUCUACUUAAAUUACCUAAAAUAAACAUUUACACUGCCACACACAUAGAGACACUGUGAUAAACAAAUACACACAACUUGCAUACAGACACACAAAUAUACAAACAAAUGCAAAUCAUAAUUUGCAUAUUUUAGUCACCCUCCUGUUUUCAUACCUUUUGAGUGCAGGAGAGUGGCUUCCCUGAGGUCCAGUGGGAUCUGGGUACAGACAGUGCUGGCUGACGCUAAUGGGAGUUUUAGGCUGUCUCUUUCCCCGCUCUCUCCUCUUUACUCUUGACGCUAUGUAAGUUUGGAAUAGGUGAACUAAACUCACUCCUACCAACACAGCAGUUUAACUGCCGAUUUAACAGAGGCCCAGUCUCGUAAAGGGCCGUGGUACAUGACCUGCCCCCUGAUCAGAGAUGCCCAUAAGUUAAUCUCGUACUUAUGGUCCCUGGUACAGCUGCACCAUGGAAAGUUCUGCCGUUGGUCCAAAACAGUGCUUGCUUAGACUAGUAUACAAAGAAAUCCAAAGUUGUAAUACAAAGGAUACAGAGGCGCAAAAUGGAACUUGCUAGGUGGACUAGUGCAACACAAACAUUUGAUGGAGGAAAGAGAAUAAACAAACAAAUGGGCACAUACACCUAAGGCUAUUUGUCUAUUCCUUCCCUUUAUUAAAUGUUUUGGUGGCACUAGAGCACUAAGCAAGUCUGUCUUCUUUUUUUUUUGCUAAUAUGGUAUUAGAAGAGAUAGUUGUGCAAUGUAGACAAUCUUUGCUUAGAAAAGUGGUGUGGAGUUUUCACAUUAGCAAUUGUUUGUCUGAAGCCCCUACAUCAUUCACACAAAAAAAAUCUUGCAGAGCUUGUUCUUAGCUGUGUAUACACAAAAAGGAACAAUUUGCUAAGUUCACACCCAGCUUGUUUAACUCGUUUAUCUUAUUCACCUCACUGACAAAUUUCACUUGCAUUCAAAACCCACCCUCUGUGUACAGCCUGGCUAGUAAUUUCCCAUAGUUCCUGUAUGCAUUAAGUGACAUAUCUUAUUAACCCCUUAAGGACACAUGACGGACAUAGUCCAUCAUGAUUCCCUUUUAUUCUAGAAGUUGUAUCCUUAAGGGGUAAAGGGUCCUCCAGUAUAAUACAUAGCUGAGCUUCAAUAUAUCUUAAUAAAUUACCUACAGCCUUCCACUAUCUGUCUAUGGUGUGUGAGUUCUUCAUCUAUUGCUACUUAAUACAGGACACUGUAACAUAUUUUAUUGCUUUUUUCUACUUUUUUUUCUACUUUAUUAUUUUUGCACAUGGUACAAAGGUAUGCAUUUUAUUUAUUCAGGACCAUGCAGAUAUAAACACUCAAGUUAUCCAAUUUGAUAAGAUGUGAUACAUUACUGCCCCGCCCCCAAUCUGCCCCCUUGCUGACAUGCUCAGAAUUUAUGAUUUCAGCCAAUCCAAUGCUUUCCCAUAGGAAUCAAUGCAUCUCUAUGAGAAAAAUUCAGCAUCUCCAUGCAGAGGGUGGGGACACUGAAUGGCAGUGCUGCACACUGUGCAGCAUUGCCCCACAAAGAACCUCCAGUGGCCAUCUGAGGAGUGGCCACUGGAGGUGUCCCUAAGGGGCAAUGUAAACACUGCCUUUUCUCUGCAUGGAAUGAUUAUACUCACCAGAACAACUACAUUGAGCUGUAGUUGUUCUGGUGACUAUUAAGGUGGUUGAGCGUGAAGUGCAAUAUUCUAAUGUUAAUCUUGACAAUAACAUUUAUGUUCUUCUAAAAACCUUCUCUCCAACCACUAAAAGAAAGGAAAUCCCAAACACCUUAGCAAAUCAAAAGGUAAAUGAUAACUCUUUUCUGAUUCUGUGACAAAAUCUCCAUACAAUGUGCAGAUUGUGCCUGCUGAGUACUUGAAUGUGAUAUUAGGCGUGGAACCGUAGUAAAAAAAAAAAAAAUAUAUAAAAACAGAAGAAAGGUUUUGUGAAUAUGUCUUUAUAUAAUGAUCUUGUAGUCUAGUCUAAAUUGUUCAAGAGGCUGCAAUCAAUCAUGUAAACAAGUUUAAUUAUUUUUAUUAAAAAGUUAUAGUUGUAGUUAAAUCAUAUUAUUAUUAUUAUAGUUUAAUUAGUAUAAUUCUCUAUUUGGGUACUAAUUCUGGAAGAUGGUUGGGGCUGUCUCAAGGCAAACUGAACUUAAAGGUCUGCUUGAUGUCAAUUUGGAAUUGCAACGUAAGAAUUAUUUGGAAAUCAAUGAGAGUGUCAAAAAUCUUGCAAAAAUGGCAGAAUCUACGGGUCAAAUCCAUUUACAAAAAAAGGACACCUGGAUAAUAAUAAAAAUGACUGGGCUAAUGAGCUUGACCUGUGGUGUGAUUUUCAAGUAUUUAAAUCCUUGAAAAUUUGCAGUAUCGCAGCUUUUGAAGACGUCUGGUUUUCUUAGGCAUGAAACGCAUCGAGCAGAAUAUUUCUAUUUAUUGCACAAGCUUGACAGAGCAUCCUAAUUUGUGCCCACCUAAAAAUCCGCUUCAGGGGAGUACCUAGAAUCUUUGGAGUCACAACGAUUGGUUUUAUUCAUUGAUCUCCUUCCUGCCUGUGAUGGACUUGUUAUGUGGGGGGGCUUAUUAGGUCUAUGCUCAUUUUGCACAUUAUUCAUGUAUUUGAGUGUUGUUUUUUGUGUAUUUUUAUUAUUAUUUGUGUUUUUUUAAAUACAUUUUUUGUGCCAUGAUUUUUUUUUCUUAUCCGUUUCUAUGUUUCCUAUUGACUUUUAUUGACCCAUUCCGCUACCUGCAGAGAUGCUCCCGUCACUUUUCCUCCCUUAUUAGAUCAUGCAAUCCCAGGUGUCUCUUAAAUACCUACAACUCUCUCCUUCGCCUUAUAUGCUACUUUACCGACAAGAUUGAACAGUUAAGGAAAUAAUUCUCCCCCCUUUGCUCCUCUUUCUUGCAACCACACCUGGACCAUACCUUCCCUAUCUUUCAUGCCAUCUCCCCAACUACAGAACAGGAGGUGGCUGCACUUCUCCUCUUGUCCCACCACCCACCCGCUUGAUCCCUUCUUACCUUAUCAGAUCUGUCUCCCCUUGUCUUGUACCAUCCUUAACACACAUCCUCAACUGUUCUCUUUCAUCUGGUGUUGUUUCUGCUCCUCUUAAGCAUACUACUGUCGUACGCAUCCUAAAAAACACCAUGCCUAGACUAGUCUUCCCCUUCAAACUAUCAACCCAUAUCCCUGCUUCCUUUUUCCUCAAAGCUUCUAGAAAGACUUGUCUCUACUCUUAUGGCUCACUUCCUAAAUUCCAACUCCCUCCUCAAUUCUCUUUAAUCUGGCUUCCGCCCCCUCCACUCUACUGAGACUGCUCUUAUUAAAGCUACAAAUUACCUAAUCACAGCUAAAUCCAAAGGCCACCCAAAUGCUCCAUACCAAUUCUUUUUUAACUCUCUGCCGCCUUUGACACUGUUGAUCAUGUCCUCCUUCUCCAAACACUUUAAUCCCUCAGUCUCUGUGACACUGUCCUCUCAUGGUUCUCCUUCUAUCUCUCCCAAUGUUCAUUCAGUUUCUCCUUUUGCAAUGACACCUCCUCCCCUUGUCCUGUCUUGGAUGGAGUACCCCAAGGAUCUGUUCUUUGUCCUCUUUUGUUCUCUCUUUAUACUGCAUCUCUUGGCAAACUCAUUAGUUCCCUUGAAUUCCACUAUAUAUGGAUUCCACUAUAUCUCUCCUCCUCUGAUCUCUCACCCACAGUCCUACAACGUUUCACUGCUUGCCUUUCUUCAAUCUCUGACUGGAUGUCCUCCCACUUUCUAAAACUCAAUUUCUCAAACUGAGAUUCUUAUUUUUCCUCCUAAAGGUGGAUUCUCCUCCUUCGCUUUCCCUGCAAGUUGAUGGUACUUGUUGAUGGUCCAUCCUUUCAAGCUUGUUGCCUUGGUGUUAUCUUUGAUCCUUACCUUUGCACCUCAUAUCUAAUAUCCUGCUAAAACCUGUCGAUUUCACCUUAAAAACAUUGCCCGCAUCCACCCCUUUCUCACGCAAGAUGCUGCCAAGGAGCUUGUUCAUGCUUUAGUAAUCUCUUGCAUGGAUUACUGUAAUUCUUUCCUAACUGGUUUCCCCUAAAGCCGAACUGCCCCACUACAAUAUGUAAUGAAUGCUGCCGCCAGACUGAUCUUUCUCACCUGUCACUCCUCCCUUACCUUUCCUCUCUGUCGAUCCUUACACUGACUUCCUGAAUCCUAUAGGUGUCAAUUCAAAAUAUUAACCCUUACCAAUAAAGCUCUAAACAACUCAAGCCCAUGUUACAUUUCUUCACUUCAUAGAUAUGCCCCUUCUCGGACUCUCCGCUCUGCCCAUGACCUUCUCUUGUCUGCUGCUCGCACCCUUACUGCUAAACAUGCGCUUGCAGGACUUCUCGUGGACGGCUCCCUUUCUCUGGAAGAGCCUACCUACUGCCAUCAGACUCUCCCCUAGUCUUCAAUUGUUUAGGAAGUCCCUCAAAACACAUCUGUUCAGAAAUGCCUAUGGAUUCCCAGAGUAAAUUAUCUAUACUUAUCAAAAUCUGUCUCUUGCUCUUCUAAAAAGACACACUCCACCUUCACUUCCAGUUCAGCUACUUUCCCAUAUUGUUUGGUUGCUUUCCCCCUUGCUGCCCUGUUGUGUAUUUGUACCCCACCUCCUCUAGACUGUAAUCUCAUUUGAGCAGGGCCCUCAUCUACCUAUUGUUCUUGUGUAAUUGUGUUGUCUCAUUUAUUGUAAAAUUUCCCCCCUUUCAUAAUAUUGUAAAGCCCUGUGGAAUUAGUUGCCGCUAUAUAAAUACCAAUAAUAAUAAUAAUUAAAUCAUUCUUACCCUUUGGUAUGUAUUAACUAUCAUACUGGUAUUUUGGUGCCUUCUGGUGUUUGUUUAUUGUUUUUUUGGGUAUCUAUAUGGGAGUGGUCCAGUGAGUGGCAGCAUUCACCAGUAUUAUAUAACUCACUAUCUUUAUUACAUCACUUAUGCAAGCUCUUUUUGGUGCAUGUUAAAUAUCCUAGCAAUUGUCACUUUAGUGAGUAACCCUGUUAAUGAAUUUAUUCAAAUUGUUUCUCACUGAAUUCUCACGGAUUGACUAAAUGGUUACCUUAGAGCAGUGGUUCCCAGGAUUCAGAGGAACACUAAUUGGGAAACACUGAAUUAGAGCAAGAUUUCACCAAUAUUUGGAACACUAUAACAGCACAAGCUAUAUAUUUAAAACUAUAAUCUUUAUUUGCAUUCCAACACAUGUAUAAUAACAUAUAAUAUCCAAAGAAAAAUGUUUUUAGUAAAAACCAGUUUCCAUACCAGACCUAUGUAUGUCCAAACAAAUACAAAGUAGCUAGUCUUCAUAUUUAAAUGUUCAAUAACUCAACAUUACCACAAAAGUAGACGAAUAAAUAAAAAGUAAAUAAUCAGUUUGUAAUAAAGUGUUCAGUAGCACAACAUUACCAAAAAAGUAGACAAAUAAGUACCAACUAACCAAUGGAUUAUAAAACAAAAAAAGGUGCGCUGUACCUUUAAAAUUUAAAGUGCAACAAGUGCAAAAAAAAUCGUGCAAUGAAAAGUGUAUAUUCAAUAAAAUCACACUCAAUAUAAUAAAUGUGCAAAACUUGCAAGUGAAGAGUGAUAAAAAAAUAUAUAAAUGGUCACUUACAGUAGGGAAAUAUGUCUCAAUGUAAAAUGCAUAUGGUAUGGUACAUAAAAAAGAGAGAAAGCAUAUAGCAUAAUACUGUUUCAAAUAACAUAAAAACAGCCAAGAGAAAUGGAAUAAAACUCACAAGGAAAGAGCAGUGAAAGUCUGCUCUAACUUUUCAGCAUGUAAUCCACAACACAGGGAUUUGAUGACAGUGAAGAGCAGGACGCCAGCUGAAUCAAACGAUAUUUAUUUCUUCCAAAUAAAAAAACUCCUUUUCCCCCAUAGAAGGCCAGUGUCCCAUUAGAUACUUGAAGAAAUGAACACACCAGGGUUCACAAUCUCUGCAACUCGCGGCACUAUACAGGGCACUUCCGGGUUUGGAGCUCCGUGCGGUCACGUGAUAACGUGAUGACGUCGUAUGCGAACGUGAUGACGCGUUUCGCCCAGAAAAGGCUUCCUCAGAUCACGUCCUAAUACAGCUGGUCCUGACUUUUAAAGCCCACAUUGUGGGCGUGAAAUAUGUAAAUGAAUGGCCAAAGUCUCAUAUGAACGGGGUAGAUCCCCUAAAUAUCUAUAUAAAGAAGUCCCAAGCAGUAAAUGGAAUAUGGCAAAAAAAUAUGGCAAAAAAAUAAUAAUAUACAUAAUAAUAAAAGUACAUACAUGUCCCAAACAAAAUCAUGAAAUGUCAUAAACAUAUUAACAAUACUAAACAUAUAAAAUCUAAAAAGAAAGAAUCCUCCAUUAAAAUACAUAAAUGCAAUUGCACCUACUAAUGAGCGGAAAGAAGAGAGAGUAAUUAUUCUCAGAUAAAAAAUUCAUCUAAAAUAUAAAAUUCACAUAAUAAAAUUAUAUAAAUCAAAUUCAAUAUUAAGACCUUUUGGUUCAAGGGUCUCCAGUGUGUGAACCCACUUCAUCUCUUCUUUUCCUAUACAUUGAAUGAAGUUACCUCCUCGCCAUGGUUUUUUAACAAUUUGAAUUCCUAAGAAUGUGAGGCCACUAGGAUCUUUAUUAUGAUAUUUUUUUAAAAUGAGCAGACACACUAUGAUGGUCUAUGCCUUUUCGAAUAUUAUUGACAUGUUCAUAAAUUCUCUUAUGUAAAGGGCGAAUAGUUCUGCCCACAUAUUGGAGUCCGCAUGGACAUAUUAAAAGGUAUAUAAUGUUUUUAGUAAAACAAGUAAUAAAAUCCUUAAUGAUAUAUUCUUCUGUUGUAUAUUUUGUCUUGAAUUUACUAAUACCUUUUAUAGUAUUAUUUUUGCUACAUUUACAUCCUACACAUUUUCCACAUGAAUAGAAACCUUUUCUAUUCACACUUAAAAACGUAUCGGGUGCCUCCUUUCUUGGGUGAUUGAAAGUCAAAAUCUGCUUUAGGCUAGGUGCACCUCUAAAAGUGAUAAAAGGUUUCUCUGGAAUAAUUACCGAUAGUUCUCUAUCCUUUUUUAGAAGGUGCCAAUGUUUGUUAAUAAUAGAUUUCACUCUUUUAAAAUCCUGAUUAAAAUCUAAAACUAAAGGUACCUUAUCAAAUUUCCCUUGUAUUUUAUUGUAAUUACUUUCUCUAAAAACCAAUUGAUUCUGCUCCAGGUCUUUUGUUUCCUCAUAUGCUCUACAUAGUAUGUCAGUGGGAUAUUGUUUUUGGGAGAAUUUGUCUAUUAUUAUUUUUGCUUGUUCUUCAAAAACAUUCUGUUCGGUGCAGUUCCUUCUUAUCCUUUGUAAUUGGCCUUUUGGAAUAUUAUUGAGCCAGGGGGUGUAAUGCCCGCUAUUAUAUAGUACAUAGCUAUUGGCAUCUACUUUUUAAAAAAAAAAUUUGUUUUUAAAAUGCCGGCUUCUUCAUAAAUUUCCAAAUCUAAAAAUUGAAUAUUUUGACUGCUAAAAGAACUGCUAAAAUGUAAACCCCACUCAUUUGAAUUGAUACUUGUUAAAAAAAGUUCUAAAUCCAAUUGUGUGCCCUUCCAUAUAAAAAAUAUAUCAUCGAUAUAUCUAUGGUAGGAGACCAGAUUCGUCCCCCAAUUAUGGCUAUUAUAAAUAACUUCCGAUUCCCAACCUGACAUAAAUAAAUUAGCGUAACUAGGGGCGAACCUGGUCCCCAUAGCCGUACCUUGUAGUUGUAGAUAAAAUUUAGAAUUAAAAUUAAAAUAAUUAUUUUCUAAAAUCCAUCUGAUACUAUCUAUAAGAAAUAAAAUGUGUGUAUUAUUAAAAUUACUUGAUUUUUCUAGACAUUCUUGAAUCAUUUUACAUCCCUUCUCAUGAGAAAUAGAGGUAUAAAGUGCAGUUACAUCUGAAGUUACUAGAAAAAAUCAAUUUUCCCAUUUAAUAUUUUUUAUAAUUUUAAUUACAUCUGUGGUAUCCUUGAGGUAUGAUGGCAUUUCUUUAACUAAAUUUUGUAGCCAAAUAUCCACAUAUUUUGAAAGAUUAGCUGAAAUGGAUCCAAUACCGGACACAAUUGGCCUACCUGGGGGAUUCUCUAAAUUUUUGUGCACCUUAGGCAGGGUAUAAAAUACAGGCACUCUAGGGAAUUCAACUGAUAGAAACUUAUAUUCAUUAUCAUUUAAAAUACCUUCGUCUUUUCCUCUUUUUAAAAGAAUCUCUAGUGAAGAUUUUAUAUCGGAUGUCGGAUCUUUUUUUAAUACCUUAUAUAUCCUUUUGUCCUCUAAUUGUCUAUGGCAUUCCUUUAGGUAAUUAAUAGUAUCCUGGAUCACAAUACUGCCCCCCUUAUCAGUGGGCUUAAUUAUUAUUUCUUUAUUAUUUCUUAGAUUUUGUAGGGCCUUAUGUUCAUUAAAACUUAAAUUAUAUUUAUGAUUACAUUUCCCUAAUUUGUCAAAAUCAUCAAUAACAGAUUUUUCAAAAAUAUCUAUAGCACUUGUACGAUAAUUUCUAGGAUAGAAAUUUGAUUUAUUUUUUAAGUCAGUAUGAUUCUCACUUUUUCUAGUAUCUAUGUACUUAUUAAUCUCAAAAAAUCUUUUUAAAGUUAACGUUCUAGAGUAUUUCAAUAUAUCUACAUAAGCUGAGAAGGAAUUGAAUUUUUUACUGGGGGCAAAUUUUAGACCCUUAUUCAGAGUUCUAAUUUCAUCUUUACUCGGGAUAAAUUUGGAUAAAUUAAUUACUCCCUCCAAUUGGACAUUCUUCCUUUCUUUUCGCUGUUGUAGUCUUGUUCCUCCUCUGCAUCCUCUCUGACUCUUCUUCUUUUCAGGGGAGAAAAGGAAACCUUUCCUCUUGUUUUCCCUAAAAAAUCAUUUCCUCUAGAGUCUGAUUGAUCUCGUGACAAAGCUUCAUAUCUGUUUGAUAGUGAUAGAUCUCUAUUUUUGUAUAGGGGACUCUUAUUUAUAUCGAAUCUGUUGUGAUGCCUAUUCCUAAAUUCUACUUUCUUCCAUUCAUUCCCCUUAUUGACUUCAGGGGUUCUCCACUUAGGAUUAUCCCAUUUAGGGGUAUCUAAACUAUCUAUUCUCCUCCUAUUGUAUCCAUUUUGUUUAAAAUUAUACUUUGAAUUAUAAUCAUUUGAUCUUCGAUUCCCAUAUUUAUUAUUACUUCGAUCAGUAUAAUUAUUUUGAUAAUUUCUCACUUUUUUAUACUUAUAAUCGUCCAUAUCUCUUUUAUACUUUUUAUAUUUAAUUUGUUUCACCUGAUCUUCUAAUUUAUUGAGAUUAGCUUUAGUAGAUUUGGUCAAUUCCUCAUAGUCUUUAGUCUCAAUUGCUGGUUCCAAUACUUUCUGUAUUUCUUUAACCUCCUUAUCUAAGUCUGCCAAAUUCUCACUUCUACAUAAUAUGACUAUGUUCAUCAUCUCCAUUGAAAAUCUUUCAAGUGCAUCAUUCCACAUAUUGACAUAUUUUUGAUUUUUGUCAUUUUCAAAUGUAGGAGUUUUGGAGAAUCUGAGACCCCUAGGGGUGAUUUUAUCUCUCAGGUAUGUCUCUAAUGUAGCAAUCUCCCACUUAUAUUUAAUUUCUUUUGCUAGAAUUUUUUCUAGUUCAUUGAAAGUAACCUCAAUAUCAUCAUUUCUGGAGAGAUGACCAUUGUCAUAUGCAACUUUCUGUAAAUCUUCAAAACCACAUUUCAUAUUAUUCCGGUAAUCAAAAAGUGACAUAGUGAAAUUUUUUUUAAAAAGUAGAUGCCAAUAGCUAUGUACUAUAUAAUAGCGGGCAUUACACCCCCUGGCUCAAUAAUAUUCCAAAAGGCCAAUUACAAAGGAUAAGAAGGAACUGCACCGAACAGAAUGUUUUUGAAGAACAAGCAAAAAUAAUAAUAGACAAAUUCUCCCAAAAACAAUAUCCCACUGACAUACUAUGUAGAGCAUAUGAGGAAACAAAAGACCUGGAGCAGAAUCAAUUGGUUUUUAGAGAAAGUAAUUACAAUAAAAUACAAGGGAAAUUUGAUAAGGUACCUUUAGUUUUAGAUUUUAAUCAGGAUUUUAAAAGAGUGAAAUCUAUUAUUAACAAACAUUGGCACCUUCUAAAAAAGGAUAGAGAACUAUCGGUAAUUAUUCCAGAGAAACCUUUUAUCACUUUUAGAGGUGCACCUAGCCUAAAGCAGAUUUUGACUUUCAAUCACCCAAGAAAGGAGGCACCCGAUACGUUUUUAAGUGUGAAUAGAAAAGGUUUCUAUUCAUGUGGAAAAUGUGUAGGAUGUAAAUGUAGCAAAAAUAAUACUAUAAAAGGUAUUAGUAAAUUCAAGACAAAAUAUACAACAGAAGAAUAUAUCAUUAAGGAUUUUAUUACUUGUUUUACUAAAAACAUUAUAUACCUUUUAAUAUGUCCAUGCGGACUCCAAUAUGUGGGCAGAACUAUUCGCCCUUUACAUAAGAGAAUUUAUGAACAUGUCAAUAAUAUUCGAAAAGGCAUAGACCAUCAUAGUGUGUCCGCUCAUUUUAAAAAAUAUCAUAAUAAAGAUCCUAGUGGCCUCACAUUCUUAGGAAUUCAAAUUGUUAAAAAACCAUGGCGAGGAGGUAACUUCAUUCAAUGUAUAGGAAAAGAAGAGAUGAAGUGGGUUCACACACUGGAGACCCUUGAACCAAAAGGUCUUAAUAUUGAAUUUGAUUUAUAUAAUUUUAUUAUGUGGAUUUUAUAUUUUAGAUGAAUUUUUUAUCUGAGAAUAAUUACUCUCUCUUCUUUCCGCUCAUUAGUAGGUGCAAUUGCAUUUAUGUAUUUUAAUGGAGGAUUCUUUCUUUUUAGAUUUUAUAUGUUUAGUAUAGUUAAUAUGUUUAUGACAUUUCAUGAUUUUGUUUGGGACAUGUAUGUACUUUUAUUAUUAUGUAUAUUAUUAUUUUUUUGCCAUAUUUUUUUGCCAUAUUCCAUUUACUGCUUGGGACUUCUUUAUAUAGAUAUUUAGGGGAUCUACCCCGUUCAUAUGAGACUUUGGCCAUUCAUUUACAUAUUUCACGCCCACAAUGUGGGCUUUAAAAGUCAGGACCAGCUGUAUUAGGACGUGAUCUGAGGAAGCCUUUUCUGGGCGAAACGCGUCAUCACGUUCGCAUACGACGUCAUCACGUUAUCACGUGACCGCACGGAGCUCCGAACCUGGAAGUGCCCUGUAUAGUGCCGCUAGUUGCAGAGAUUGUGAACCCUGGUGUGUUCAUUUCUUCAAGUAUCUAAUGGGACACUGGCCUUCAAUGGGGGAAAAGGAGUUUUUUUAUUUGGAAGAAAUAAAUAUCGUUUGAUUCAGCUGGCGUCCUGCUCUUCACUGUCAUCAAAUCCCUGUGUUGUGGAUUACAUGCUGAAAAGUUAGAGCAGACUUUCACUGCUCUUUCCUUGUGAGUUUUAUUCCAUUUCUCUUGGCUGUUUUUAUGUUAUUUAAAACAGUAUUAUGCUAUAUGCUUUCUCUCUUUUUUAUGUACCAUACCAUAUGCAUUUUACAUUGAGACAUAUUUCCCUACUGUAAGUGACCAUUUAUAUAUUUUUUUAUCACUCUUCACUUGCAAGUUUUGCACAUUUAUUAUAUUGAGUGUGAUUUUAUUGAAUAUACACUUUUCAUUGCACGAUUUUUUUUGCACUUGUUGCACUUUAAAUUUUAAAGGUACAGCGCACCUUUUUUUGUUUUAUAUCCUUUGUAUGGUGUUUUUUGAGCUUGUGCACUUUUAGGUGCUGCUCUACCUUUAUUCUUAAUAUUUGCACUGAUACAUUUAUAUUUUUUGCGCCUAUAUUGCUUGUUUGUUUGUUUUUAACCAAUGGAUUACAUUACGCUUCCACGAAGUACAAUUGAGUAGAGAGGGGGCAACACCAAAGGGGGCAACACCAGUAGCAAAGCAAUAAAUAACUGCCUCAACAUUUCACCAAUAGUUGGAACUGUACUACUGAUUACUUUGGAUUUGUUGCUAAUUAGUAUGUUGUUUUUUUUCUAUUAGGUGGUGGAAAAGGAAUGAUUCUACAUAUAUAACACACACUUGUAUAGAGGAUGUUAUUUGUGGUUUUGGGUAUCUGUUGAUUUUUGUUAAUUAUCUCAAUACAGUUCCUGUUUCACUGAAGAGCUUCUGCCUCCUCAAUGUGGCUCCCUCUGCUGGUAGUAGCAUUGGUGCUGAUCCUCGUGUACAGAUGGCACAGGCAGAAACAGAUACUGGAAAAUCUCUCGGAUAAAUAUGUGCUGAUCACUGGCUGUGACACAGGACUUGGGAACGUCCUGGCAAAGCAGCUGGACCGGCAUGGGAUGCGGGUGCUGGCAGCCUGUCUGACAGAGAAAGGGGCUGAGGAUCUGAAGAAGGAGACAUCCAGCAGGCUGCAGACAGCAAUUGUGGAUAUUUCUGACAGUCAGAGUGUGAGCUCUGCUGUUGAAUGGGUCACUCGCAUAGUUGGUGAUGCAGGUGCAUUGACAUUUUAUAUAAACAUAGCAGGAUUGAGUUUUGUUUUAUGAAAAUCCAGCCAUCCUAGAAUGUUUCAGAAUUAUUCAGGAAACAUUAGGUCAUUUCAAAUAUUUUUGUUAAAAUAGUCAAUCUCAGCUAUUGUCACUGCCAAUUCUUCACGAUUCCAUAAUUUAGUGAAUAAUUCCAAUACAAUUUAAUGAUAGAUAGAAAUAUAAAUUAACUGUUUUACCUACAAAUUCCCUAACUUUAACUUUACCUUAUGUUCUUUUGUUAUAUAAAUUGUAUUUCUCAAUGGAAAUGUACCAUAACAACUUAAUUAUUGUCAAGACGGUCCCCUGUCUCUCUGUAUCAUUGCAAAUAGUAACUUAUAACUGCAGCUAUUUGCCCGCCCCUCCAAUGUUUGCUGUAAGAGUAACAUGCUGUCCUUCCUCCGCUGCCCAUCAAAAUAUCUGUACAAGGUGUUCACAUUUCAUACCCACCGCCCAUGACAGGCCUGACACAGCUUACUAUAGAGGAGUCUAAGCCAACGUAGCUUGUGAUUAAUAAAGCAACACUAAUCAGGCCCGUCUGGAAAUGGAUCAUUGACACCAGAUUUUUGUCAAUGGAUGCCGGUGGGAGAUAAGGAUAAUUGCUGUUCUAAAACUAUAAGUGCGCUUUUUAACGUGAUUGUUAAGGUAACAUUCAGAGAGCAGUGAACACUUUAAAAAAAAAAAAAAAAAAGUAGUAUAAUGUGAAUGUCCAGAGGUGAUCAUAAUUUUCCCAUAUUGUGGUAAUAUGAUUACAUUUGUUGAAAUUUGUUUGAGUGUCACCUAAUUCUUCUCAAUAUAUCUUUGCAGGUCUAUGGGGAUUGGUCAAUAAUGCUGGAACCAUUGUCCCCGCAGCUCCUAUUGGAUGGCUUAAAAAGGAGGAUUAUGCUCGGGUGCUUAAUAUAAACUUACUAGGAACAGUAGAUGUUACAUUGAAACUGCUGCCACUGGUUAGAAGAGCAAGGGGUCGAAUUAUUAUUGUGUCUAGUAUUCUUGGAAGGCUUUCCGUAUUUGGAGGUGGAUACGCUUUAUCUAAAUUCGGUUUGGAAGCUUUUGGUGACAGUCUUCGGUAAAUAUAUAUUAAACUAUUAAUUUAUUUAUUUACUAAAUGUCUCUGUGACCAAAAAUGUUCUUAGCAACAUUGUGAACAACUUAUUUGUCUAGUAAUGAAAAUAUUGAAAAUUGUCAAAAUAUUCAGCAGUUGUUCUUUGAUAUUGAUUUUAAAUUAAAACGUUACUCCAAAAACCAAAAACAAGUAUAUUUAAGAAAUCACGUUUUUUUUUGUUAGAGUUGCCUUUUUCUUGCCUGGUCCGCCCUAUCAAACAUAAAAAAAGAGCGAAAUCUUACAUCCAUUCCAGCGCCACUGCCAAUGACAAGUUCUAAUUCCUGCCUGAUUUUCCAUUGCUGAUAUCACUUACCUUGAGGGAGAGGGAGGGCAGGCUAAGAGGAAGACAUGGGCAGCACGACGAGGAGACAAUGCACCAUUAGCUAUCUGGAACAGCCAUAUUUUCAUAGAUUUGAUAAUAGCCACAGUAGACCUAAAGCAGAACAUAUAAAUUCCAGGCACCAUGACCACUUCAAGUCACUGAAGUGGUCAUGGUGCUUGGAGUAAACCUUUCAUUUAAGUUUUAAAACUAGCCUGCCUGGAAAGCUUUUUGGGUACAGAGGGCACUCAGCAUCAGGAUACUUAAUCCAAACUUAACUUAUGACUGUACUGUGCAAAAUGAAAAACAAUAAGAGUAUUGAGCCUUAAUGUGACUCUGUUGUACCUUUUUUUUUUAUAAAUGGGGAGUUACUGAUUGGCUUAGAGCAUUAGCUAACUGUUUGCAGCAGCCUCCCUGCCUAGCGGCACUCUAUGCUUCCUAAAGUUGCAUUAAAGAAACCAGAUGCUGUUGGGGACAGGGACAUCUGACACUGGAGAGUAAGUUUUGGGGUUAAACCACUUGAGAACGGUUUAAUCCCUUCAGGAAAGAAAGUGUCAGGUUACUUCUGGGUACCAUAAGAACUUUAUUUAGUUGAAGUUGUUACAGUGCCCAUAUAGUUAAUUUAAAUAUAUAUAUAUAUACAGCUAAGCUGUUAAUUCUUCACUGAGAAAGCUGGUUAUGUACUAGAUGUUGCUCCAUCAUCACUAUUGGGUAAACAAAAGAAACGGUCCUCUGCAAUCAGCACCUCUAUGUGACAUGUUAGGUGGGUGGGCAUGGGCGUCCACAGGAAUUUUUCCAGGGGGGGGCAUAAUGGUAAUGACAUCCAUGCUUGGUACCUUUUUGACAGUGUCAUGAAAGGGAAGGGGCAUAGCCAUUAUCACAUAAAGCCAGGGUGAAUAGCGUUUUCACAGCUAUGGUGUCACGAAUAUAUGUUUGUAUUCCUGACACUAUAGUGUUCCUUUAAGCAAAUGAAAGGACCAUUCUGGUCACCAUAACAACUUCACCUAAAUGAAAAUGCUAUGAUGCCAGGAAGCCCCUGGGUGCUCGCUUUCCUUUAAGGGGUUAAAUCGCUCUCAAAUGGUUUAACCCCAAAGGCUUCCUCCAGCUCCAGGUCACUCAGUGGUAUUUGGCUUCUGAAACAGAGUGUCAGGAAGUGCAGAUUGACAUCAGUCAUGGGUGCCGCUGAUUGGCUAGAGUGGACAGUUGACACUCUAAGCCAAUCGCUAGUUCCCGGUUCAUAAAAUAUUUUUACUUUUUUAUGAAUGGGGAGCUACUGAUUGGCUUAGAGUGCUAGCUGACCACUCUAGCCAAUCAGCAACACCCCUACCUAACGGCACUAUGUGCUUCCUGACACUCAGUAAAUAAAAGUGAACACAUUAAUACUGAUAUUUUUUUACCUUUGGAGAUGAGAAGGUCCAGCGUUUCCCUGCCUGGCCCAGGUAAAAGCCUUAUGAUGUGGUGUCCAGAAUAAAGUGGAGGGUUCACCUCAUUUGUCCUUCCUGCUCCAAUCUCCUUUUCCUCUCCUUCAUUUUUUUUCUUCUGACACUGUUUUCUAUCCUUGGCCCCUUCUGCUCUUUUACCUUUCUGCUACUUUCUGCUUAUUUUGCGCACUUCUGCUCCUUUCUCAUUCUGAUCCCUUUCUGCUCCUUGCAGACCCUUUCUGCUCACUUUUCUACUUUACCUUUGUGCUCCUUCCUGUCCCUUUCUGCUCCUUCUCCUACUUUACCUUUGUGCUCCUUCUGAUUCUUUCUGCUCCUUUACCUUUGUGCUCCUUCCUGCUCCUUGCAGGCCCUUCCAGCUCAUUCUCCUAUUUUACCUUUGUGCUCUUUCUGCCCCUUCCAGCUCAUUUCUGACUCUUUCUGCUCCUUCUACUUCACCUUUGUGCUGCUUUACCUUCCAGCUCCUUGCUGACCCUUCCUGUUCAUUUCUGUUCCUUUGUGCUCCUUCUCCUACUUUACCUUUUUUGCUCCUUGCUGUCCCUUCCAGCUCCUUGCUGCCCCUUUCUGCUCCUUGAUAUUCCUUCCUGCUCAUUUCUGUUCCUUCUCCUUUUCUUACUUUACCUUCCUGCUCCUUGCUGACUCUUCAUGUAGGCUGUCUCCCCCAUCCCUCACUUCCAUAGGCGUGCGCACGGGUUGUGUCGGGUGUGCCUGGGCACACCCUAAUCCCCGCGGCACGCCAAUGGAUUGAGACCGGCAGGGGAGAUCUCUGGAUCUCCCCGGUCGGCUCAUGCAGAGCCGACGCUAUCCGAGUGGCGGCUCUGGUCUAGGCCUCCAUGGGCCGGUGGGGAGAUCAAAGUUCUACCUCACCGGUCCACAGCAGCAUGGAGGGAGGCAGCAGAGAACCCGGGCUAGAGUUCAUUCUCCACUGAACCACCAGGGGAGGCAGCAGGACUUGGAUAUUAACUAAUCUGCCCCCACCUCCACCCAAACCUACAGCACACACACACACACACACAGCACCUACACACAGCACCUACACACAGCACCUACACACAGCACACACAGCCCACAAACAGCACCCACACACAUACAUCACCCUCACACACACACCCAGCACACUAACAGCAUCCUCACAAACACACAAAACCCACACACAACACCCGCACAGCACCCACACACAAACAGCACACUCACACACAAACAGCACCCUGACAAACACACAACACCCACACACAGCACACAAACAGCACACUAACAGGACCCGAACAAACACGCACACACAAACACCCUGUCUCACACACACACACACAGCACACUACCAGUUCCCUCACACACAGCACACAAACAGCACCCUCACACACAGCACACUAACAGCACUCUCACAAACACACACAAAAACACCCUCACCCACAUAGCACACUACCAGCACCCUCACACACACACACAGCAGAGUAUAUUAUAUAUAUAUAUAUAUAUAUAUAUAUAUAUAUACAUACAUACAUACAUACAUACAUACAUAUACACAUGGCGUGUGUUUGUGCUUUAGGGUGCACAACCUAAUGCAAUAGGCUGUGCACGCCUAUGCUCACUUCCCUAAUCUAUAGGCUGCUGCCCCCCCCAUCCCUCACUCACUCCCCUAAUCUAUAGGCUGCUGCCCCCCCAGCCUCACUCCCUAAUCUAUAGGCUGCUGCCCCCCCCAUCCCUGCUGCCUCACUCCCUAAUCUAUAGGCUGCUGCCCCCAAAAUCUAUAGGCUGCUGCCCCAUCCCUCACUCCCCAAAUCUAUAGGCUGCUGCCCCCAUCCCUCACUCACUCCCAAUCUAUGGCUGCUGCCCCAGCCUCACUCCUCCCCUAAUCUAUAGGCUGCUGCCCCCCCAAAAAAAAUCUAUAGGCUGCUGCCCUCCCCAAAAAAAAUCUAUAAGCUAUCUCAAACCCUCCCCCCAUCCCUCACUUACCUGAUCUGUAGGCUGUCUCUGUCUGCGGUUUCAAUCAGCAGAGAAGCAGGGAUAAGAUGCAGCUUCCCAUCCCUGUCUCUCUCCAUACAAGGGGCCACCUACUGGCCGGCGCCGGUAUUGCAGUUCAUUUUCAAUCACACGAAAAAUAGCAGAACAAGUUGAAUAAACAAGGGGGGGUGGGGGGAAAGUGCCCCCCCCUGCGGACGCCCAUGUGGGUGGGUGCAAAUGAAUGGGAGGUUAGGUGGGGGCUAUUUGGCAGGAUAGUUGGGUGUGUGAAAGUGAACUUGAAUUGUAGGUGAGAUGGUGGAGCUAUGUAACAAUCAAAAACAGGAAUAAUCACAUGUAGGCAGGGCAAGCUAGCAGCAGAUAAUAGCGGUCCUGACUCACCAGAAAUGGCAGGACAAGGGCCACCACAAAAAGUAAAAACCAAAACUGAGAGUCUCAUUCCGCUGGCUGAGUGCUCAGUUUGGAUAUUUAACUUUUUGUGGUAGCCAGAUAUAAUGCACUAGUAUUAAAAAAAAAACAGGCAUUCUCCUGGAACACUGGCUCCGAGGGGCAUCCUUUUAGGAAAAGGUCUCGCUGACCAGCGAAAUGCCCUCUCACUGGUGUGUUUUUUGUAUAUUGGGCGAGGCAGAUCACUGCAGACACUCUCUCGCAGUCCAAGACUAGAAGGAAUGCUUACAGUGAACUGCACCUGCCACAGGUGGAGACCAGAUGCUCCACCCACCUAACCACAAGAGAGCAGCAUCAUAACCUACUGGACCACCAAGGAAUAGAAAUUGUAGCACCCCCUGACUAAAUAUUUAAAUGUGUGAGAAGGCUGCACAUAAACACAGCCUCCCUCCCACACAGCUGGUUACCACUGUCACACUCAUCUCAUACAGAUAUUCAUACACAACCAACCAAAUACAUCACAAUCAGCCUCACACUUCAUACAUGGGCAACCACACACAUUACACUCAGCCAAACUCACACACUGUCAUAAUACACAGCCAACACACUUCUGGGUAGGAGUGCAGGGGAAGUCCGGGCCCAUCAUUUGCCUAGAGCACCAAGACAAUUUCUGACGCAGCCUCUUUAAUUGUAAUAUUCCAAUUGUGACUUCACAGCUCAUAAUAUUAUAUAACAUUUUGUAAAGAUUGCACUUGACACAAUGAUCUGUGCCUAAAGUUAAUUUCAUUAUUUUUCAGGAGGGAGCUCUCCAGCUUUGGUGUUAAGGUUUCCAUUGUGGAACCAGGUGCUUUCAAAACAUCCAUUAUAAGUUCGCCUGCAUUUGAAGGUUUGGCGCAAAUAUGGAAGAAUCUUCCUGCUGAAAUUAAAGAGAGUUAUGGAGAACAGUAUUACAAAAAAUGUGAGACUCUGUUGUAUCUUUUUAUUUGGGGUUAGAGGUUAGUAAAUUGUAGCCUGCGCUACUCGGGUCAUUAUACUUGCUUGGAGGCUUUUUUCUUAAUUUCUCCAGAUUAGUGUGACUUAAAAAGGUUGACAGGUUGAAUUGGAACUGUCACAUAGUCACUUUGAAAAUUUAGAAUUUCAAAACUUAAUUCAUAAAGCCCUAACCUUAAAAGGAUACUAUAGCCCCCACUCAGCCUCCUACCCCUUCCCCCCCCCCCACGCUCCCCAUGGCACUAGGUCGCGGCUCCGCCUACUCUGAUCUUCCUCGAAGAGCUGGCGCUAAUGCACAUGUGCUGUGCGUGCCACGUGUGCAUUAAACUUCCCAAUAGGAAAGCACUGGGCAGAGCAUGAUGACAUCCAGCAUCAGUUAGACAGCCACUAGAGGCAGACUUAGUGAUGCAAUGUAAACAUUGCAGUUUCUCUGGACAGUGCACCCAAACCACUUCAAUUAGUUACUUGGGUGCCCAUAAAGCUCUGUGAGUAGAGGCACAUCGAGGUGCUAGGCUCUGCCCCACUCGAUAGCCACGCCCUUCAUUUUAAGCUCUGCCUCCUGCCUGAAGGCCCUCAGAGCUCCUGGAAGGCUGGCUGGGCUGGAAAGUGAGCACACACAGGGAGGGGAGGGGGGUACAUAAGGGCACAGGAGGUGAGGGGGCUAAAAGGGCACAGGAGGGAAGGGGGCAAUAUAAGGGCACAGGAGGGGAGGGGGCUAAGAGGGCACAGGAAGGGGAGAGGGGCCAUAAGAAGAGCACAAAAGGGGAAGGGGCUAAGGAGGGUACAGGAGGGAAGGGGGACUAAAGAGUGCAGAGGAAGGGAGGGGGCUAAAGAGGGCACAGGAGGUGAGAAGGGGCUAAGGAGUGCAGAGGAAGGGAGAUGGCUCAAGAGGAGACAGGAGGGGAGGGAUGCAAAAGACUGCACAGGAGAGGAGGGGGCUAAAGAGGGCACAGGAGGGAGAAGGGCUACAUAAGCAGACAGGAGGGUAGAGGGGAUAAAGAGGGCACAGGAGUGGAGGGGACUAAGGAGACUCAUAGAGAUGCUGGGGGGGGAAGGCACACAGAUGGGCUGAGAUGGGACAAAGACACACAAAAAGGGGCUAAGGGGAGAUAUAGAGACACACAAAGGGGCUGGGGGGGCACAUGCACACAGAGGGACUGGGGGCACAAAGAGACUCACAGAAGGGCUGGUGAGACAACGAGGAACAUAGAAGCACUUGGGGGCAGAGAGACACAGAGGAGCUGGGGAAGGGAAAAAGAGACACACAAAUGAGUUGGGGAGAAACAGAUACACAAAUUGGCUGAGGGAAAAAGAGACACACAAAGGGGCUGGGGGAGACAAAGGCACACAGAGGGGCUGUGGGGUUGAACAGACACACAGAAUGGCUGGGGGAGAGAUAAACAAAAGGGAGGGGGGAAAAACACACACAAAGGAGUUAGAAAUAGAUGCCUGCUGGCGGAAGAAAGAGGCCAGUCACAGUUGCCAGCGCCAGCCUGCCGGCUAGCCACAGCAGCCAGCCUGCCUGCCAACCAGCCACAGCAGCCUGCCAGUCACAGCAUCCAACCAGCAACAGUAAUUAAGGUUAGAAGAGACAGCUUGAGUUGGGUAUCACAGAGCUUUGUUAUAUCACUAUAUUGUGAAAGGGGGUACCAUUUUAGAGAACACAAUCUCUAGGGCCUUUAGACUCCGUUGUAGUCUCUAAUGGGGUCUUGAGGGGACACUUAUUAACAUGCAGUUUACAUAUUUUUGGAAUUAAUAUUUUUUUAAAUAUUUUUUAAAAUUGUGGGUGUUUUUUACACACAAUCAGACACACACUACAUCCCCUGCACAAAGAGACACACUGCAUUCCCUGCACAGAUGCAGACACACACUGCAUCCCCAGCACACAUUAUUCACUACACACAUUGCAUUGCAUAAUGGAUGUGGUCGUGUUUUGGUGUGCAUGCCAUUGGUGAGGAGGGGCAAGCUUAAUUUCAAUUAUAGGAGGGGUUAUCAAAUGUAAUUUGGGGUUAAAGUCCGCAGUCCACAUAGCAACGGCCCCAGGGGAUGGGAUAGAGCCAAAAGUGGAAGAGAGUGGUGAGAUAAGCCACACAGGGAAAUUUAGAAAAAUAAACAAACAUACUGCUGAAAACAACAAUGCAUGCACACACAGUAACGUUCAAUAAAGGACACUUAUACAUACAAAUAUACACACACACGGUUUAAAAAUACAUUCUUGCACUGACUAACACAUGUCAUAAAAAUAUUUAAAAACUGCAUCUGUACAUAUUAAUAUUAUACACAAAUGUUCAUUUGAAUUCACACACAUCUGUAAAUACAUUUCUGAAUUACAAAUACAUUGAUUCUCUGCAAAAUACAUCCAGCUUACACACAGCUCAUACAAAAACACUACCAGCUGACAAGCUCUCUGAGGACAAGAUGGCACUGGUAAGCUGUUUGGAAAAAGAAAUGUCACUGAUUAGCAAUAUUGGGACAAUAACACUGGUCAGUGAUUUGGGCACAAAAAUUGCACUAUUAAGCUAUUUGGAGACAAAAGUGGCACUGAUAAGAUGGGGACAAAGAUAUUUUGAGACUAAGAUAGCACUAAUUAGCUAUAUUGGGACAGAGAGAUGGCACUGAUUAGCAAUUUUGAGACAAAGAUGGCACUGGGAAGCUGUAUGUGGACAGAGGCGACACUGUAGAGCUGGGCACAAAUAUGGCACUAAUAAGCUUUUUAGGAGUAAAGCUGGCACUGUAGGAAGUGGGUGACAUGUGACCGGGGUUGGAGGUGGAGUGAUUUCCAUAGAAAAUGGGUGUGAUUAGAAGUGUUUUGUUUGUAAAGGGGAGAUGUUAGCAAUAUAGCCACACCCAUGGGGAAGGAGAGCGCCAAAAAUAUUCUUGCACCCAUGCGUCAAUGACCCCAGGAUCGGCCCUGUGGGUGCCUAUAGUGUCCCUUCAACCAAGCCUUGAUAUGUUGUUUUAAUACAGCCAUCUUUGUCUAGUCAUGUGUAAUACUAGACUAGCAGAAUCUGAGUAUGUACAUUUUUCAGUACUAAUGUAUUCUUUGUUGCUCAUAUAGUUGCACAGACUUUUCAAGCUCUGGCUGACGCAGGAAAUUCGACAUUCUACAAAGCCACAGACUGUAUGGAACAUGCAUUAACUGCUUGUCACCCGUGGACACGUUACUCUGCUGGAUGGGAUGCAAAGUUAUAUUUCAUUCCACUUUCCUAUUUGCCAACAUGCAUAUCAGACCUGUUAACCUCUGUGUAUUUACCAAAACCCUAUCGGAGGGUGGAGUAGAAGCCACAUUUACUGGAAUCUUUUACGCACAAAAUUGAACGCACAAAAUUAUUUCACAGUCUAUUUGUCUUAGUGAUUAUUAUCAACACACGUUGCUCUUUAGCUGCAUAAAUAUCCUUUCUCCAGAAAACAAUAAUGAUUGCAUACCAGAAAACUCCAACCUGAGCAAAGUGUGUAAAGUUAAAAAUAAUUAGCAGGGUUAUUAGCUAAACUCAUAUUUUUUGCAAAUUAAUACUUCUAUUUUAAAAAUUUUGGAUAAGGUUUUCAAAUGAUUUACUAUUUUAUAUACACUUUAAAAAUUAUUUUUCUCUAAAUAUUAAAAUGUCAAAAAAGAUAUCAUAUAUAAAAAAAUUAAAUAUAUAAAUAAAUAUAUAAAUAUAUUUCUUUCUUUUUUUUUUUGUAUAAUUAAUUUUUAGUGUCAUAAAGACAGCAUUUCAGAGGUUCCACAUGUAAGGGCACCCCAGGCAUAAAAUGGGUUAAAAGCCAUUUAGGAGAUAUUCCCCUUCCAGAUAUACAGGCAGCUACCAAAGACACUAAUCCACCGAACAGGAAACCAUAUGAAUGCCGUAAACAACCGAAUAGGAAAAACCAAUACGAAUAGGUUUACACUCCUAGCAGUCGAACUGGAACAGCAUACAAUGAAUCCCCCCAAGAACGAGACAAGGCUCCGUUUUGAGGGUCAAGCAGGAACAGACAGAGCUGUGGGUUUAUUGUUCUUAUAUACACAUUCUUACACAUUAGUACCACCCACAGGGUUUUGGAAAACAACCAAUAAACACGUACAAUACACUCAGACACUCCCACACAAAAUCCUCCCCUCUGCCUGUGAUACAAUUACCUUAUACAAUGGGUAAUGUAAUUAUCACAGGCAGAGAAAUGCAGUUUUUUCAAGUUAUUCAUAAUUUUUAAAGUAUGCAUCACAUUCACAUAAAACGUACAUUUUCAGAAUCAGCAUACUCCAAAUACAAACAUACGUCAAAAUCAUAAAAAUUGGUCCGAUUGUCCAGUGGUUCAAAAGAUUGAUCUUAGUCCUUUGUGACCAAAUGAAGCAUGGCUUUUCUGCCCAAAACCAUUUCCACAGAGUCUUCUAUCCUGGAGAUUAUUGGGAAGUAAUCCAAUUAUCUCCAAGGACAGAGGCAAAACUUCAUUGAACACAUGGCAGCAAAAGACAAUAAAAUACAUAAAAAUAUAUAACUGUGCAGCUAUUGCAUAAAACAGGUACAUUCAACAUAUCCCCAGAUAGCUUAGAUCUGAGUGCACAUUAUUACUGAAUGACGCUCAUAUCACAUACAUACAGUUCAAUUGCCAUGGAGCCAAAAUCUUUCCCAUAGUCUUUCAUUAUACGAAUGGGCUCCAUGGCAUAGCUAUCUGGGGUAUCACCGCUCAAAGAGGGAAAGCACCGAAUGACCCGGCUUUCGUGUCUUUGCAGGGGAAAAUCAAGCGUUUCAACAUGGGGCCAUAGUCUAAAGGCAGCAGGCGGGCAACCAGGCUCCUCCAAUGCACAGUGGCGAGAUUGGUCUCGUCACACCACAUAAUAUACAUCACAUAACUAAUGUGUAAAAGUAGUACAUUAUGUUGCCUCGCAGGGCAUAGUACAGUGUUACAGACACAUUCAAUUUUUUACAAGCAAGUAUACUGGAUGUUAACUCAGAAUCAUAUAUUAACACAGUGUUUCUCGUUACUAUCAACCUGGCUUUGAUAAACAAAGGUAAAGCAUUAGGGCUAGUGGUAACUUGGAGAGAAAAUAGAGAUGAAUAAAUAUAUAUAUAU